AUGAAUGGUUCAGAAAUUUUAAGGGAAAAAAAAAAAAAUCAAAAUAAAAAUUUUGAAAGUAGCUAUGAAAUUUGUAAUGCUGAUGAAAUUCAGGAAUUUUAUCAAACAGAAUUUAUUGAUAGCUCAAAUGAGGAAUUUCUUCCUAAUAAAAGUUUAUUAAAAAAUAAAGAGUACUCCAUAUAUCUUGAUAAAAAAAAAAAAAAUUAUGAAAAUAAACUAAAAAUGGAGAAAGAAAUAUCGUUUCAAAAUGAAAUGCUAAAAAAUAUACUGAUAAGUUCUCAAAAAAUGAAAGAAAUGCAAAAAGAAUUGUUCAAGGUUGAUGUACAAAAUUUUAUUCCUAUAUUGCCACCAGAGUCAAGAAAUUCUUAUUCCAUACAAAGGGAAUAUACAGGGAUGUAUGACAAUAUAAAUCAAUGUUGUCAAUAUAAUAACUACAACAAUAAUAAAAAUAUAAACCAUAAUUAUUACAACAAAUGUGAAAGUAACAUAGAUACAAAUGAAGAUAUCCCUAGAAAUUAUUUAUCUGGAAAUAUAGAGAAAUGCUCUGAAUCCAAGUUAAUUUCAUAUCCAUCUCGAAUUGGGGAAAUUAAAGUUAAUAUAGAUGAUAUAAAAAAGGGAUUAUUAUCAUAUUAUUCGAAUAUUUUUUCUUUAGAACAAUAUGAUAUAGAAGAUAGAAUAAAUAUUUUAAGAUACGGUGAAAAAAAUAUUUCAGAUUCUUUAAAUAUAAAAUAUUCAUAUUUAAAAAAAGAAAUACCUAAAAAUCCACAGUUUCUUUAUUACAACUCUGAAUUAAAUAAUCCCUAUUCAUCAAUUUAUCAAAAUAUACCCCCUGAAUAUUAUUACAGUUAUCAUUCUGAUAAAAAUACAAAUUAUUUAAAAGAUGAUAUAGUUAAGUCUAACGAAAAUUGUUAUUCAGAAAAAACACAGAAUGAAAAAAGUGUUUUCGAAGGCAAUUUUGAUCAUCAAGGCCAAAUUUCAGAAUUGUUAAAUAGUUUAAAAAAUAAAUGUGAAGAUGCAAAAUUUAGGGUUGAACAUUUAUCAUCAAAAUUUAAUAAAAAAUACGAAAAUCCUGAUAAUAAAUUUUGGAUACACAACCUGGUACCACCGCAUCUAAGGAAGCCAGGCCUAAAUGAUGAAGAUGAUAUAAGAAAGCAUUUAGUUACAGUAUAUGCGCAAUUGUUUAAUGAGGCAAUGUUAAACAAAAAGAAAAUAACAGCUCUUGAAAAAAAAUUACAUAUAUUAAAAUUAAAAUCAAAAAUUUAUAAAAAUCAAUGUAAAAUAGAAACUAGAAACGCUUUAUAA